GUCGGAGUCGUCAACCAGCUCCAAGACGAUCCGGAGAGACACACCAGCAGUUGCCACGACAGAGCCGCCACGAUGCUUCUUCUCGACUACCAGAACGCCCUCAUUCAGUCGGUGCUUACCGAACGAUUCUCCGGUGCCCCGCCCGUACACAUCGACCAGACCGUAUCCGACUUCGACGGCGUGACAUUCCACAUCUCGACUCCUGAGGUCAAGACAAAGAUUCUACUCUCCAUCCAGAUCCGCUGCUUCAAGGACUUGGCCAAAUACGGUGCGGAGCAGGUUCUCCAGCGCGAAUACGGCCAGUAUGUUGUUCCGGUUGAGCCCGGCUACGACUUCUCGGUGCUGGUUGAUCUAGAGAACCUGCCCGAGUCCAAGGAGGAACGCGACGCGUUGGCGAUGCAGUUCGCCCUGUUGAAGCGCCACGCAAUGGCUGCGCCGUUCGAGGAAGCAUACCAGGAGCACUAUACGCUGAAAGAGGAGGCAUCCAAAUUUAGCUCGGAAGAUGCCCCCAAGGGCGUGAUGGAAGGCGGCGAGGUCAAGGCUAUCCACUACCGAGAGGAGGAGGCCAUUUACAUCAAGGCUAGUCACGACCGUGUCACAGUCAUCUUCAGCACAAUCUUCCGUGAGGAAACCGACAGGGUGUACGGAAAGGUCUUUAUCCAGGAGUUUGUCGAUGCACGAAGACGAGCCAUUCAGAAUGCACCCCAGGUGCUGUUCAGAAACGACCCCCCGCUUGAGCUGCAGGGCGUCCCCGGCGUGCGAGAUACUGGAUCUGGAGAAAUUGGAUACGUCACAUUCGUCCUCUUCCCAAGGCACCUCACCCCCCAGAAGAUGGCGUCUGUCAUCUCCCACAUUCAGACUUUCCGAGACAACUUCCACUACCACAUCAAGGCUUCAAAGGCAUACAUCCACUCCCGAAUGAGGAAGCGAACCGCAGACUUCCUGCAAGUGUUGCGACGCGCACGCCCAGAGAACGAGGAAAAGGAACGGAAGACGGCCAGUGGCAGGACAUUCAAGGUGCAGGGCAGCUAAAGAGAAGAGUAGAGCUUCAUACCUCUUUUCCCUCUCCGGCCAAUUGUAGAUUUAGGUAUGGCAUGUUGAGUAGAUGUAGCCUCUCGUUAGAGCAGGGGGUUAGUUUUGAGGUUUGUGACUUAUUGGCAGGUGUAGAUGAAUU